UCACCGCGAUCUCUCUCACCACCACUUCCCCCUUCAGUCUGGCGAAAUCAACACAUUCUCCCGACGACAAAACUUUGGGACCCCACAAGACUUCUCCUUGGCAGCUCUGUUUGUGUCUGGUAUGAGCCGGGGCAGUGUCUUUGUCAUCUCCGUCCGUUAGACCCUGGAAGCAAGACAGAUAAAGAAAGCCGGGACAAUAAGUUCAGAAAAGAACGCCACCAUGGGAGACCAGACUCCCUCCGUGUCCGGCGCCGCGGACGUCAAAGUCGCGAGGACGCGGCCGCACAAGGCCGUCGUGGUCGGCAUCAGCGGCGCCUCGUCGAGCGGCAAGACCACGCUGGCCCGGCUGCUGCGGGACAUUUUCCCGAGCACCUUCAUCCUGCACGAGGAUGACUUUUACAAGAUCGAGUCCGAGCUGCCGUCCAAAGACGGCCUGCUCGACUGGGACUCUUUCGACUCGCUCAACACGGAAAACAUGGCGAAGGCGCUGGCGUACAUUCGUGAGAACGGCACGUUUCCUCCCUUUGUCGAAAGCAUAGAAGACAAGAACUCGGUCGGCAAGUGCCCCGUCUCAGACGCCAAGAUCGCCCAGAUGCGGUCCAGGGUGCAGCAGUGGCUCGCCCCGGGACAACCAGGCCACGGCCUGCUGAAAGCAGCAGCAGCAGCAGCAGCAUCUACCAGCACCUCCUCCUCCUCGUCUCCUUCUGUAGAAGCAGCCCAGCCCAUCACCACCACCAAACCGGGCCUCAAGAUCUGCAUCCUGGACGGCUUCCUCUUGUACUCCCCCGAGAUGGAGGCCGCGGGCAUCUUGUCCCUGCUCGACAUCAAGUUCUUCCUGCUCGUGAGCCGGGCCAAGGCCACGCAGCGCCGCGAGGCCAGGGACGGAUACGUCACGGUCGAAGGGUUCUGGACCGACCCCCCAGGGUAUGUGGACCAGAUUGUCUGGCCCAACUAUGUAGAGGGACACAAGUGGCUUUUUGAAGCGGGGGAUGUGGAUGGUGAUGGCAAGCUGGACAAGAAGGUGCUUCGUGACAAGGCGAUCCUGGCACAGACUGGGAAAGGUGGGGAUGUGGACAUGGAGACUACAUUUGAGUGGGUUGUCGAGACACUCAUGCAUGAGCUAGAAGCAAUCGGAAGGAGUGAUUAA